AUGUGCAGUAACAGUGCACUUCCCUUAGUCAAACUUUUUCAAGCUAAAUCACUACAAAGCCAAGAAAGAUCUAAUGCCGUGUCACAGCCUGAGAGAAAAAAUUCUGGGGAAUGUGGUACAUGUGCCUUGGUCAUAAACGUGAUAGAUCAAUUACUUGGAAAUAAUGCAACGGAGACCCAAAUAUUGCACACUGUUGAUCAAGUUUGUGGUAUAUUUCCUAGUGAUACCAGGACGACGUGUAAAGCAUUUAUGGAAGACUACGGGGCUGCUGUUCUACGACUUCUUUUUAAUAAGACACCACCUAAGGAAAUUUGUAGCUUGCUUGGCUUAUGUUCUAAUAGUAAACCAAAAUUGGAAGAAAAGGUAGGCUUGUCUGGUUUAUGCACAGUUUGUGAAAUUGCCGUUCAGUACAUCGAUAGUUUACUUACGCAAAACGCAACGGAGCAAGAAAUUAUUAGCACUCUUGAUAAAGUUUGCAAUUUCUUGCCUGGAAGCCUCGAAUCCGAUUGUAAUACGUUCGUGAAGAAAUAUGCUCCAGCUGUAAUUGCUUUGCUGGCUUCUGAAAUUAGUAAUCCAAAGGAAGUCUGUUCAUUCCUUGGGUUAUGCAGCAAUAGUUCUGCCCUGACUGCAGAAUCUAUUUCGAAUAUGUGUAAGAAAGGUCCGAAGGUUUGGUGCUUAAAUAGUAAUUUUGCAAGAUUAUGCAAGUCGUUCGCACAGGAUAUUGUAAUCGGCAAUUUAGGUGCAACAUCUGCAUAUACAGGUGCACUUUCCGAAGCGUUUUUAUUUGUAAAACGGUAGAAUUCGUAUUAUUUCAGCAAUAAACAUGAUUUUAAUUU